UCACCUAUUCUCUUCAUCAAGUCAAAGAGCAAUUGGACAACAACAUAUUCUGUAAACUUUGCUAUCAAAAGGUGAAGACAGAGUAUGCAGCUUAUUAUUGUCAGGAAUGCGGUUACAUGGCCCACUUGACUGUGCAUUUGAAGAUGAAGCAAGUGCAAAUCUUAGCUUGCUGCCUAAGGAAUCUGUUGAUUUAGCAAUUGGGGUUAUGGAGGUUGAAGGAGCUGGGCAUAUACAUCAACUUGAUUUAAUUUUUAGCAACGAGGAGUUUACGGAUGAUAAGCUUUGUGAUGGUUGUAUGGGAUUAAUCUCCACCCCGUUUUACAAUUGUACCCAAUGUUGCUUCUUUCUUCAUUGUAGGUGUGCUCAACUACCAAAGAAGAAGCGACACCAACUUCACCAACACCAGCUCACUCUCGUCUCGCAGGUACCUUACAUUGGUGGAUUGUUCUCUUGUGAUGCUUGUGGUCGUCUCAAUUGUGGCUUCACCUAUAGAUGUGACACAUGUACUUUCGACCUUGACCUUCGAUGUUGUUCAAUUUCAGAAACCCUGCAACAUGAAGGUCACCAACAUUCCCUCUUCCUUUCUGUUAAUUCUGCUGUUAAUUCUAGUAGAAGAUGUCAUGUUUGUAAUUGCACUUAUCACAAGAAACCUGGCAUAUUUGUAUGCAUUAGUUGUGAUUUCUCCUUGGGUUUGGAAUAUGCAACUCUUCCGCUCGUAGCUAGGCAUAGAUAUGACGAUCAUCUCCUCAAGCUCACGUACAUUGUUGAAGAUCGUUGUGAAGAAUACUAUUGUUUAAUUUGUGAAGAAGAAAGAGAUCCAAAACAUUGGUUCUAUUAUUGUGCAGAAUGCGACUUCCCUGUUCAUCCUCAAUGCGUUUUAGGAAAAUAUUCAUAUGUUAAAUUUGGAAGAACUUUUACAUCCAAUUAUGUUCAUCAGCAUCCUCUCACUUUUGUUCCGAAGACUGAGUCAUCUCCUCUAUGUGAUGCUUGUGGUAAGACUUUCGAUGGCAUGGCCGUAGAAUGUACUCAAUGCAAAUUUAGUGUCCAUUUUGACAAUCGGUGUGCCAAAAAAAUAAUGAAGAAAGCCCCAUCAAAGUGAUGGUUGGAGAAAGCCAUAGCAACAUAGCCUUAUACUCAACCAAGGCACGAAGAUUUCAAAGUUUACUAGCUAUCAUGGAACUUUAUUUAUGUCCAGAGAUGUUUGAUUAUAUCUUUAAU